GAACAUGUCUGGCCUCGCCCCUGACUGAGACUAGCUGUUUUCACAUUCCUGUCAGACUGAAUGGUGUUUUUGCCCGUUUUGACAAGAUAUAGUAACUUAAAACUGCGAUGGACAUCAUAGAACCAAUUCUGGCCAUUGCAGAAAAACUGUACGCCCUAUGUGGGGAGGUCCAGACCAACAAGAAGCGCUGCAAGCGUUUAGCCCACCGUGUGUCCACUCUGGCUAAGCUGGUGGAAUCUGUGAAGGUUCAUGGCUUUGGGACUGAGCCUGAACAGGUUAUAAAUGGACUUAAACAACUUAAACUCACUCUGGAGUCAGCAGAGAGGGUAGUAAGGAAAUACACUUCCCUCAGCUAUUUUAAACGUAUCACGAAAGCGUAUGAACUCGGCGAGGAGUUCAACGGCCUAAAUGAAAGGCUGAACGAUGCGGCUCAGUUACUUUCUCUAGCGCUUCAGGUCGAGCACAGAGGGAGUAUAGAGAAAGUGUUUCAAGAAGCAACGAGGCAACGGGAAGAUGAAGAAGACAGGCAGAGUGACUUUCUGGAACUUCGGAAUUUGCUCCAGUCUUUAGCCCAGGAGGGCAAAGAAAUGAACAUGACAGUUGAUGCUGUGCAAAAGACAGUUGACCAAACGCAAAGAGAUGUGCAGGGCAUUAAAGACGUCCUGGAGUCAUUGAAAAAACCCUGCCUUCAUCUGCAGGACAUUAGAGAGAUUAAACCAGAAGAGCUGACCUACAGUUUCCCUUCUAAACCACUUCUGAAGUGCAACCAUUCCGAACUAUACAAAGGGAUGUACAACAAGUUCACUGUGGCUAUCAAGAGAUACUCAUGCCCGCUGAACACCAACCCCAGCCCCAGUGAGUUGAGGAGUGUAUUUAACAAGGAGGUGGAGACCAUGAAGCGCUUUGAGUCACCCAAUAUCUUAAGAAUGUUUGGUAUCUGUGUUCAGGAUGAGAAUGGACCAAAUCCAAGUUACUUGAUAGUCAUGGAAUACUGUGAGAAGGGUAGUCUUCGACAAGUCCUGGACAGUAAUAGCAAUCUGCCCUGGGACAGAAAGACUCGAAUGUGUCUGGAUGCAGCACAGGGGCUCUACAGAUUGCAUCAGUCAGAAGAAAAGUUUAAAGUGCAUGGUUCCAUCAGAAGCUGCAGUUUUCUAGUGGCAGCUGGCUACAGAGUGAAGUUGGGAGGCUUUGAGUUGGCAAGAACAGAAACUUCUCUUCAGAAGAAUAAAUCCAAAAAGAACAGUGCUUUCCAUUACAGUUCUCCCCAACAGCUUCAGAAUAUCAACCAUCCUUACGACAAGGCAUGUGAGAUCUACAGUUUUGGCAUUGUUUUGUGGGAAAUUACAACACAAGAUGUUCCUUUUAAAGACUGUUCUUCCCACAGUCAGAUCUAUCAAAAAGUGUGUGUAGAGAAGGUCAUGGAGCCACUUCCUACAGAUUGUCCCAAACAGCUAAAAGGGCUCAUCAAUGCGUGCCGUUUAUUUGACCCCUUCCAAAGACCAACGGCAGGAGUGUUGGUGGACAUGCUCCUUAAAAUGGUGGAAGAGGAUUGAUGGAGCACCUCUGCAACUCUACCCAAGCCUGCUGGCAAAUUGUCCACAUCAGAUUCUAACGAUACAAUCUAUUACCAUCUACCUGGGGGUAUUUCCAGAAAGCGGGAUCAACUUUACAUCACAUAAACCCUGAACU